CUCCUUAAACUGGGGGCUGUAAGGCUGGCAUCCCCAGAAGUGCCACAGGCCACUUGCCCGCAGCUUGUUCCGGCCUUCCCGGGGGGGCCCGCUGACCUGAAGGCUUUCCUCUGGCCUCCCGCAUCAGUCCCUCUGCCCCGGGUCAGGGGACCAGAGAGGACGCUGGCACCAGGACCCGCUCCUGGCAAGCAGCUGCCAUCGAGGAGGAGUCUUCUGCAGGGGAGAGUCAUGGAUUUUGUCACCUCCACGGCCAUCCUGCCCUUGCUCUUUGGCUGCGUGGGGAUCUUCAGCCUCUUCAAGCUGCUGCAGCGGCUGCGCAUGAAGGCCUACCUGCAGGACGCCGUGGUGGUCAUCACUGGCGCCACCUCGGGCCUGGGGAAAGAAUGUGCCAGAGUCUUCCAUGCUGCGGGUGCUAAGCUGGUGCUGUGUGGCCGGAACAGAGAGGCCCUGGAAAAGCUCACCAGAGACCUUGCUGCCUCUCGUGCCACCAAGGUGCAGACACACAAGCCUUGCAUGGUGACCUUCGACCUCACAGACCCUGGCACCAUCGUGGUGGCCUCAGCUGAGAUCCUGAAGUGCUUUGGUUGUGUGGACAUCCUCAUCAACAAUGCUGGCAUCAGCUACCGUGGCGCCAUCACGGAGACCACAGCAGAUGUGGACAAGAGAGUGAUGGAGACUAACUACUUUGGUCCAGUGGCCCUAACAAAAGCACUUCUGCCCCCCAUGAUCAGAAGAAGACAAGGCCACAUCGUCGUCAUCAGCAGCAUUCAGGGCAAAGUCAGCAUCCCCUUUCGGUCAGCAUACGCGGCCUCCAAGCAUGCCACCCAGGCCUUCUUUGACUGCCUGCGCGCCGAGAUGGAGCAGUAUGAGAUUGCCGUGACUGUGAUCAGCCCAGGCUACAUCCACACCAAUCUCUCCGUAAAUGCCGUCACCGCCGACGGGUCCAGAUAUGGAGUAAUGGACGAGACCACGGCCCAGGGCCGCAGCCCCGAGGAGGUGGCCCGAGACAUCAUUGCUGCUGUGGGGAAGAAGGAGAAAGAAGUGAUCCUGGCUGAUGUGCUGCCUCUCUUGGCCAUUUAUCUCCGGACUCUGGCUCCUGGGCUUUUCUUCAGCCUCAUGGCUUCCAGGGCCAGAAAGGAGCGGAAAUCCAAGCACUCCUAGUGCCCGUCAGACCCGGGGCGGGGCUGCUCCUGUCCAGGGACUGGCGGGUGGAGAUGUGGUGGGAGAGGCGGCAGAAGCUCUCCUGCAGGUCCCUGGCUGCGCCCGGCCGGCGGAGCCCGGGAACCAAACCGGGCUGCACUGCUCCUGCCCAGAGUGAGGGUGAAACGAGGAGUAAACACAGCAGUAAACGUGGUGUGACCUCUGCACAUGGAAUGAGGGGAGCGGAAGGGUGGCGUCCUCAAGGACUAACCACUUCAGUUUGGAAUCAGAUGUGACAGCAGCACAUGACCCUGUGGUUCUCACCUCUGACUUACCUCACUGUGGGGCAGAGCCCACUUCCGGUGCGGAGGGAGGAGGCUGGUUCUGUGAACUCACUCCUCACGGCCGUUUCCGGGGUCCUGCUCUGGCUCGCAGGUUCCUGUGACACCUCCCCAGUGGUGCCGGCACCCAAAGGACUUUCCAAAGCCCCAAAGGUGCUCACCACUGGCCACCACUGCGAGCCAAAGGUGGGUCACUAAGAAGACAGCAGCCAAGAGGGAGGAAGGUGCCCCUGCCUGGUAUCCCCGUGUAUCCUCCAGAAAACAAAUGUUCCAAACACUGGCCAGGUGGGGAGUGAUUCCAAAGGCAGCAGCUCGCCUCCUGGUGGAAGUGGUCCCAUCUGCUAGAUGGACGUGCUUGGGUUGGAGCCGGAAAGAAAGCUUUCUGUUUAAUUGAAAAUACAUGAUUGAGGUUCCCUGAGUAAGUCAAAUGCGGCUCUGAAGUUUAAGAAGAAACUUCCUAUUAUUGAAACUGACCAUUGAAGUUACACCUUUGGGGGGUUCAUUUUAGACAUCCCAGAAUUAAACUAAGAACCUGCUAGUA